AUAAGUCACAUCUUUGGGUGGAAUUCCUUGAUUCUCACACAAAAAACUAGGAUGAACUUUGCGAAAAUCUUGCGCGCCUGUAAAGGGAUGCAAUGGCAGUUGUCGCGUGAGUAUGCCUUCAAGUCGGACUUAAAAAUUAAGUGGGUACGUCCAGAAAAAAUACCAUGUACCAAGCCUGAGAAGAGUGGAGAUUUGGGCAAGUUGCCCCCGGUAAACGAAAAAGAAUUCUUACUUGAUUAUAAGGACUCCAGAGAACUUCAAAGCGCUGAUCCAAUAGUACAAUCGCUUUUCCAACUUGGUAAUAACCGCUGCGCGGAUACUGCACGUUAUUUACGAGAGCAGUUGAUCAAAGAGGUUCAACGUCAUCCGCUUGAUUAUGGUUCCAUGGAAGCAAAACUGGCACGAAUGACUGUAAGAAUCCGCAUUAUGCAAGAUGAACUUGAGCAAUAUCCCCGCAAUACCAAAUUGAAAGUCGCUCUGAAGGAACUUAUUGAUAAGAGAAAAAAGUUUUUGAAAUAUUUGCGUCGUUGGGACUAUCGGCGAUUCGAAUGGAUGUUGGAGAAGCUCGAUUUAGUGUACAAACCUCCUCCAGCCGAAUUCCAUUGGAUUACAAGAAAAGAAUCGCUGCAAAAGCUCACAGACGCACAUUGUGAAAAAAUUAAAGAAGAACGGUUGGCUGAAUAUCGCAAUAUGUUGGACGAACAAAAAAUUCCAUUUUUGGAGGAUGCCAUCAAGAAAAUGGAAUUUGUGCGAAAAGAACAAAUUGAUUUAGAAAUACCAGUCUCUGUAACGGAGGAGCAAAUAAAGGAUUUUAAAAGGGAACUAGAGGCGCUAAAAUCAAAACGUGAAGUAAAGGUAGAUAGCAAGAAAUAAACAAUAAAAAUCAGUUCAUCUUUAACAAUAAAAUAAAAGCAUAAAAGUU